AACGCGGUGGAACCAUUUUGGUGAGGGAGUGAAGCCGGUGGCGCCAAAAGUGAAGGUAACUCCGAGAGGCGGGCGAUCGGUCGGUCCGGCUUCGCUCCGUGUCACUGAGGAGAGCAGCGUUUCGCGGAGAGAGUGAGGCGAAGCGGGCCAGUUCCCCCCAGGGUCCAGCAGGGGGAGCGGUAAGCCGGGCGAGGCCAGGGCCAGGGCCAGGGGGCAGGGAAGGCCGCUGCGGCCUAGUGGCUCCAGCCGGUGCUGCCGAGAAACCGCGGGCUUGGGUCUGAUUCCGGAAGCGGCGUCGCUCCCAACAAUAUGUUCAAGAGAAUGGCGGAAUUCGGUCCUGACUCGGGAGGGCGAGUGAAGGGUGUCACAAUAGUUAAACCAAUAGUCUUUGGAAACGUUGCUCGUUAUUUUGGAAAGAAACGAGAGGAAGAUGGACACACUCAUCAGUGGACGGUGUAUGUAAAACCUUACAGGAAUGAAGACAUGUCUGCAUAUGUAAAGAAAAUUCAGUUCAAGUUGCAUGAAAGCUAUGGAAACCCCCUGAGAGUUGUUACCAAGCCACCAUAUGAAAUCACUGAAACUGGAUGGGGUGAAUUUGAAAUUAUAAUCAAAAUUUUCUUCAUAGAUCCGAAUGAAAGACCGGUGACUCUCUAUCACUUGCUGAAGCUGUUUCAGUCUGAUAGUAAUGUAAUGUUGGGCAAAAAGACAGUGGUCUCUGAAUUUUAUGAUGAAAUGAUUUUCCAAGAUCCCACUGCAAUGAUGCAACAGCUGUUGACAACAUCUCGACAAUUGACACUUGGAGCCUACAAACAUGAAACUGAGUUUGCAGAGCUUGAGGUGAAAACCAGGGAAAAGCUGGAAGCUGCCAAGAAGAAGACCAGUUUUGAAAUUGCAGAGUUUAAAGAAAGAUUGAAAGCAAGCCGUGAAGCCAUCAACUAUUUAAAGAGUGAAAUCAAAAAGAUUGAAGAUGAUGAUCAGGGAAAGGAAACUUGAAAAAUGUUCAUUAAGUUAACUGGAAAUCUUCAAAAAGAAUUUAACGCCAUUUGCUGAGAACAGUUUUGCUCUUUAUAAAGCAAAAGUUUGCAUUGCCUGCUCAAAGACUGGAGGUCAAAUCAUUCAAUCAAAUUAUACUUCAGAGAAUCCAGAGCUAAUGUUUUUUUUUAAAUUUCAAAAUGAACUUGUUAACAUCUAACUUGAGAACCCCAUGUUGAACAAGCUUACUGGUCCAAAUGGUGUUGUCCAACAAAGAAGAAAAGGGAAAGGAUGUGGCUGUUUUGUAUGUGGACUUUCUGUGUAUGCGUUUUUAUGUUUUAUAUUUAAGGUAUUUGUUAAAGUUGAUUUUUAAAGCAUAUGUGUAAAUAAAUCAAAUUUUCUUUAAA